ACCAGACAAAAGCGUCUCUGAAGUUGCCUCGCAACCGCUUCCAACAACAUCCAAGGGCGUAACGUUUUGAGAGCCCAACGAGUAUGGAUUAAAUUGGCAGCAUUGCUCUCCAUCUUCCGGUUGGAUUUACCUCAUCAAUCGACCAAACGGAACCUGUGGCCAUGUCGAGGCUCGGGGAGGGAUCACAAUCACGAGCCUUCCCCGCGAAGGCCACCGGGAAGAACUCCGCGGUGGCGUAUCCGCCCCCGUCAGCGGGGGCUUUUCGUGAGCGCCCUUCCAAACCAACCAACUUUCGCAAGUUGUACGAGAGCAGGGACAUCCCGAUCCAAAUGGAGUAUCACCCCAGAGGCAAUACUAUCCGAUGGAAGAACAGUCCAAAGGCUCAAGGACCGCCUGCUUUUGGGUCAGCUGUUCUCUGCAACCCGGUGGAGUUUGAGAAGCUGGACUACCACCACUAUCUCCCUCUGUUUUUUGAGGGCUUGUGUGAGACUGUGGCCCCCUACAACUUCUACGCCUGCAAGGGAGUCCAUGACAUGCUGGACAACGGAGGCCCCAAGAUCCUGCCCGUCGUCCCACAGCUCAUCAUCCCCAUCAGGAACGCCUUGAACACGAGGAACCACGAUGUGAUGUGCACCACCAUGAAAGUCUUACAGCAUCUGGUGAAGUCGGGUGACCAAGUGGGAGAGGCUCUGGUGCCCUACUUCAGACAAAUCCUGCGUGUUUUCAGCAUGUUCAAGAACAAGAACGUCAACACCGGCGAUGCCAUCGUCUACGGCCAGCAGAGGCGGGAGAACAUCGGCGAUCUGAUCCAGGAGACCCUGGAGACGUUUGAGCGCUACGGAGGGAAGGACUCCUUCAUAAACAUCAAAUACAUGGUGCCCACCUACCAGUCCUGCAUGACCCGCUGAGGAGGGGGGAGGGAGGGGGGGGGGGGGGUGUCCUCCCGAUGUAACACAGACGCUUCACUUUCCCCGCGUGUUGGCCCUCGUAUGCGUAUCUGCCCCCAACUCUUAUCUCUCACCGGUCCUUCACCUCGCCUUCCUCUAAUCUCAGCGUCACUCCGCUCAUUCUAUUUUUGUCCUCUUACAAAAAACAACGUCUAUAUUUCAUGUAAUAAAAUACCUAAAUAAACUGCAAUUAAUACUU